AUGUUUCACCUUCGAUAUGCUAUCGCUACAUUCACCGUCAUCCUCUACAUACUAUGUACUGCGAGAGCACAAACCCGAGGUGAUAAAUACCUCAUUGGGGUCGGUAAGGCUGAUGUCACUGGUCCCGUGGUAGAGAUUGGAAUGAUGGGAUAUGCCUCAUUAGACCAGAAAGGAACAGGACUUCGGCAGAGACUUUUCUCGAGAGCAUUUAUCGUCGGAGACGUCAACCACCCAAAUGAUAGUUUCGUCUACGUUAUCGCAGACCUUCAAAGUGGCGAUACGGCAAUUAGAAAUGGGGUGAUGGAAAAGCUUCAAGCCCUAUAUGGUGGUCUCUAUACACGGUCAAACGUUGCUAUCGUGGGAACCCACAGCCACUCUGGUCCAGGUGCCUGGCUUAAUUACCUUCUACCACAAGUAACGACCCUCGGGUUUGACUCGCAGUCUUACACUGCUAUCGUUGAAGGGAUUGUUAGCUCCAUACAACGUGCCCAUGAAUCACUAACGCCGGGCUACCUUUCUCUCAGCAAAGGCCUUAUCCAGGAUGCAAAUAUCAACCGUAGCCCUUACGCUUAUGAGGCCAACCCACAGCGUGAGAGAGCUAGCUACGAAGGCAUCGGAGGACAGGUGGAUAAAGAAAUGACAGUUCUUUCAUUUGAGGACGAAAGCGGCAUGCCAAUGGGGCUAGCUUCUAAAUUGGUUUCCUGUCCACGGAACUUCUCUAUACAAUAA